ACCUCGACGCGACAUCGUACUUCGACUCCGCUUACGACGUCACGACGAUGCCACCAAAAGCCGACCCUAAGAUCUCGCCUCAGGACGUCCCCGUCCUCUUCCAGCGCUACCGCACAGAGCUGCAGAACCUCGCCCAGAAGAUCGGCGAGCUCGAGAGCGAGUUGGAGGAGCACGCCCUCGUUCUGAACACGCUCCAGCCGCUCACCAAGACCGAGCCUGAGCGCGCCUGCUACCGCCUUAUCGGAGGUGUGCUGGUGCAGCGCACGGUCAAGGACGUGGUGCCCGCCCUCGAGACUAACUACGGGGGGAUCAAGGAGGUGCUUGAGACGUUGGUCAAGACGUACAAGGGCAAGGAGGAGGAGUUCAACAAGUUCCAGCGCGAGCACAAGAUCCAGAUGCCCGGGCGUGCUUAGGCCUGUACCACCAACGAUACCCGUCAUGUAUACCCGGUCCGCAUGCAUCUGGCUCGCCUUAUGACAAUCUCCAGGGACGCGUUGGCUGACGGCUCGACUCACUGCAGCAACAUACCUAGCAUCUAACAUGCUUCUGUUCCUGGUAUCUUCUCCUCGGCCAGUUCGCGCCUUCAGCUCUCUCCCUCUCACCCACCCUAUGCAAUAAUACAUGGCUGGCCUACAGUGUUUUUUUAAUCUUACGCU